AUGCGAUUUCGCCUUCUCCGUCGACUAUUCUCACGCAAGCGCCGCGACGAGCGAGGCGAAAAGUCGUGUGCCCCUGCACUUGGACCCUCACCACCCCCCUCCUCGGCCCCGGCCCACGACGCCUCUCGCGUCCCGCUGUCCAGCGCUCCCGAUGCCGUGCCAGUGUAUUCCGAACGCAAGCAACAGGGCUCCUCGGCACCCGACCACACUCCGCCUACCCCUCUAGCACCCGCUGAAAUUGUUACUACUCGGACCACUGGCAGUCCUGGCCGAUUCCUCACCGCCGCUCCACUCCCUUUCGAACUACAGCUCGUUGUCCUCCGUCACCUCAAUGUAAAUGCCGACCGACAGACCUUCCUCGCCCUUCUCCGCCUCUCGUCGUGGUGGGAGGCCGCCGCCAAGACCCUCUAUCGAAACAUUGAUAUCAGCGGAGACAAGCUCUGUCACUUGCUUGGCGAUGACCCCGCGACUCCAGCACCCCCCAUUACCCAAGAUGUGCGUACACCAUACGCCGGGAACGAGAUUCGGCUCCUCGCCGGCAUCAUCCGCAUCAUCGCCACCGAUAACCCCUCGUUGGCGAGCCGCCUCCAGACCGUUCUGAAUGAAGAAGUCACAAUUCUCCAGACCAAACAGAGAGAAAGCCUCCAUUCCAUCAAUCUGAGCCCUCGCAUGCGCCUUGCCCUCUCCUUUAUCAAGCGUAUGAACAUCCACAGCCUCCACUCAAGGGCCACCUGGCACACGAAAACUGUAAUGAAGGUCCUGGAGGAGUAUUGGUUCUACACCUUUCGCGAUACACUGGGCAAUCAUUCGUCGCCUCGCUUCUUUGCAGAGGGCUUCUCGUACGGUGACAGCCUGCCCUUCUACAACCCGGACCGACGAGGAGCAGGUGGACUGCCACUUCGGUUUUGGGUAGGUGCGCGUUCAUUCCACCACCCGGAGCACGGGUGUCCCACAGAGAUUCCAACAGGGGAGUGGGAUGAGAGUGUUGCAGAUGCACACCAGUUCCGCACAGACGGUCCCGAGUACACGCACCCUCCUUGUACGGUGUGCGGUACCAAGGUCGACCAGGACACCCGUGUCUUUGACUGUGUCUUUACGAAGGCGUAG